AUGGGGACUCCUGAAGUCCGACCUUGGACUUCCCAUGUACCUGAAGAUUGGACAAAGCAACAUGGACAGCAGCCCACAAUGAGCUUCGGCUCGUCAGACAGGCUGGAAACCAAUGUUAAGGAGAAAAAGAUCACGCAGGUGGUCAAAAGAAGCAUGAAUCGCGCUUUCACACGCGCACAAGAACAAGGUUUUGCAUGGUACCGAGGUCGAUGCUACAGCGCUACGGCCUUGGCAAACAUGGGUUGCAAAUCCACUUCCAGGCCAACCGCUGCCACCCAAUCACAGGAUUUGGCGCGCUGCAAUCAGAUCCAUGCGCCGAAGCGCAGACUGACCACCUGGCAGUGGAACUGUGGAGGCCUCUCCAGUGCCAAACUGGACGAGUUGAAAGCAUGGCUCUUCAUCCAGAAAGUUGACCUUGCGGUGAUUGUGGAAACGAGAUGGUGCUACGAUGGGGAGUGGCAAGACCCCCAUUGGCAUUGCCUACACUCUGGAGAAGGCCUUCCUAACCCAGACGCCUGCAUGGAGAUCAUUUGUGGAGACAUCACAGGUGGAGGCCAGGGUUCAACCCUGGCAACAAAGCCUGCCAACUAUGCUGAACAAGUGGGAGCACCGCAGCAAUCCGGAACAGCAGCCGUGCCCCAGUGCAUCCGACUCCAGCUGACUGGCCAGAGGCCCUACUUUGUGGCCCGGCCCAGUGCACUGCCAAUCUACGUGGACUCACCCCCAUGCUGCCUGGAGAUCGCUCCCGCCCACAUGAUCCAAGAUUUGCAGCAGCACUAUCGCCAACAACACUCAGACCUUUGGGAACAUGUGCCAUUGAAGGCACAGCAGCUCACCAACCUCUACAGCAGUGAUCCGCCUUGUGGGGUUUGUGGGGCGCUGUUCCGCACCCACACUUGCCCAGUCUGGACGCAGAUAGCGAUGUUAUUGGUCAAUGGAGCCAGUCUUGAUUCAGAUGAACCAGACCUGGAGACGCGAUGCCGUUGUGACAUUUGUGGAGAAUGUUUUGAAACCCCUGCCAUUCUCACCCAGCACCUUCAACAGUUGCAUGGCCUACAUGGGAUGACAUUCAAUGCCAGCAGAGAUGCCAUUGACAACAGUGCGGCUUGCGCACAUUGCGGCCAAACCUUCACCGCAAUGAGUAGCUUGAAGACUCACAUAGUCCAGGGCAAAUGUGUGCACUUCAACCCCAUGGCUAGUGCAGAAACCAAGCCGGUGGAGGAACUCUGGCAGGCAGCUUGCCUUCGGGGGCAACUCUAUGAAGUUCUCACGCCAGCUCACAACAGACUACGCCUGACUCUUCAUUGCCAAUGCUGCCCUCGCACUUUCAUGCGAGCCAAUGACCUGGCACUGCACUUACAAAGUGCACACUCCAGACUUUGGAGAAGGGCGCAAAGAUUGACCUUGCUGCUUGUUGACACCUUCUACAGCCAGAAUGCAUGCUGCUGCAACCCCUCUACAGGGAUCAAACGUGGCAACCACGUAUGUCUCCCCCUGAGACAGAUUGCAAUGGCGUUUCAUCGACUUCAACAAGAACCCUUUGCACCGACCAUGAUUGGGGAACGACAACUGCAUGCCACCCUGUCAUCAAAGCUCCCAGCGGCGCGGCGCUUCCUGCUGGAGCAACUGCUCACCAAUGGCCAAUUGCGGGCCCUGUGGACUGAAGAAGGAGCCCUACAUCACAUUUGCGUGGACAUUGCCCGGUUCUUGUCAAUCUUGCUUUGCUGUUCUCCUACCUGUUUCAUGGAGAAUGGAACGCAUGUUCCAGAAAUGCCGGCCCCGGAAGCCUCUCAGCAGAUCCUGGAUGCGUUCAGCAACCUGGCGCCCCUUUUUCGCGACAACACCCUGAUGCUGGAGCCCAACCCGCGGGACACCAAGACACGUCGCAGGGACCCGCCACAAAAGCCAGACGACCAGCCCAAAAACAGAGGCACAGGGCCACGGGAGACCACGGAGCACAACAAGCUCCUCCUGGCUCUAGCCCACCUGGCCAUCAAGCAAGAUCAAGAACUCCAAAGCAUGCGCAAACAGGAUCAAUUCAUUCUUUUUUUGAGCAGCGAAGCCACCGGAGCUUUUCACCUGAUGCUCCAAGAGACAGCCAAUUGGAAGAAGCUGAUGGACAACCCCAACCCGGGGCAACAACCGCUGAGACUGCACCUGAUCCUAUGCCUUGUGAAAUCUCUUCGACAGCGGGCGGAACAGAUUGUCAACGCGCAGGACACGGAUCAGCUCUUCCAGCUGUCACUCCAGAAGGGAUUGAUCCUGCAAGAUCGCAGUUUCCCAUAUCACAGGUGGGAUCCGAACACCCAAAAGCUGAUCCUGGACAAGAAAACGCCGGUCAGUGCCAAGCUGAUGGGCCAACAAUUGGAGGAGAUAUUGGAACUGCUCCUGGAUCCACAGUUGGUGAUACGCUUCCAUGCCCUGAAGGCACCCCAGCAGAACCUGACCUCCAUCCCGUGGCGCCUGCAGUUGAAUGUCAGACACGACAGGGCCUACGAGAUCUUCCAACAUCUCUCCUUCAAUGCGGUUUGGAUGGUGGUGGGAGCCUCGAUGAAGCCACACAGCCUGGGCCAGAGCAGCCAAGCCACACAAAUCCAGAAUCUCUUGACAGGCAACCAGAAACCGGGCAAGGGCAAAGGCAAAGAGACCUCCAUGACAGCGGCGCUCCUGGAAGCACCUUCUUGCCUUGUGCUCCAAAUUGACAGGCUGUUUCGGGAUGCCACGGGCACGAUCCAGAAGAGCAUGAGCACUGUGUCCCUGGAAACGGAAGUACAGAUCCCAGUCUUUCAGGUGCACACUCCUCAAUUUGACCAUGUUGCAUACACACCAGUUGCAGGCAUCACCCAUUUUGGUGCUGAUUUGGCGGGCCAUUGUCAGGCCAUCCUGAAACUGCAACCAGGAACCCUGAAUGAGAUCACGCCGAUCUCGUGGCUCAUCACUGAGGAUGCACGUGCACCAGAACCCAUCUGGCGCAUCCCAGACCUUUUUGCGCAGAAUAUCACAGUGAUCUGGCUUGUACGUUCCGACAUCCUUGCCAUGCCUGUAUACCAUCCACCAGAACCUGCAGUGACCAACGACAUGCAACCGCAUGGCAAUCUGAUGAACCUGCUGCAAGCACAAGAAGGCAUUGACUGA